AUGGCGGGAGUGAACGGCGAUCGGAAAGGGAAGAAGGACGACAACGGUCUCGGUACGGCCAUCGACUUCGUGCUGUCCAACGCCAAACUGGUGCUCGGAGUCGGGGGAGCCGCCAUGCUGGGCAUCGCCACGCUGGCUGUCAAGAGGAUGUACGACAGAGCCCUCAGCGCCCCCUCAAGCCCAACCAAAACCAGCCAAUCAGGAAAGAGGAGCUGGGAGGAGCCGAGCUGGCUGGGAUCGUCGCCUCGAACGCUGAACCGCGACAUGAAGCAGAACGUCAGCCGUUCUCUACAGACCCUCCCCACCUCGUCCAGCUCCUUCCAGCCAGACUUCAUAAAGAAAGGAUCAGGUCGCAGCAGUAGUAGCAGCAGCAGUAAGGCGUGUCUGCAGAGGGCCCGGAUGCGACUGUCCCUGCAGGAACACCUGUGGGCGUUCUAUCACGAGCGCGUGAACAUCGCCUCCGAGGAGCAGCAGUCGGCCAGACACGCCGCCCUGGACAUCUGCGUCGAGCUCCGCGCCUUCAUCCACGCCAAAGUGCCGGACAUGCCCCUCCGAGACAUGUACCUGAGCGGCAGCCUCUACCACGACCUGCAGGUUGUCUCGGCGGACCACGCUCAGCUGAUGGUCCCUCUGAUCCUGGAGAAGAGCCUGUGGUCCUUCGUCCCCGGUCAGGACACCAUCAUGAACGUUCCCGGGUUCUGGCUGGUGCGGCGGGAGAACCAGGAGUACUUUCCUCGAGGUUCUAGUUACUGGGACCGCUGCGUGAUCGGGGGCUACCUCUCGCCCAAAAGCGUUCUGGAGGCCUUCGGGAAGCUGGUCACCGGCUCCAUGAACUGGCCGGCCAUCGGCAGCGUGCUGGGCUACGUGGUCCGGCCUGCGGUUCCUUCGGAAACCGAGGCUCUGGCUCUGGAGGUGCAGUAUGAUACCGAGCGCCGGCUCCAUGUGGACUUCCUGCCCCUCGUGGUCACCGAGGACGGCAUGUCUCUGAUCGCCAAGCCUCACCGCGAGCGCGAGAACCUGUGGAGGCAGAGCUUCUGGUCAGCAGAGACCACGAGGAUGCUAUCGCUGGACCGCGAAGACAACGGCUGCCGCUGCGUGUGCUUGAAAAUCGCUAAAGCCGCCUGUAAGCAGAACCCGGCGCUGUCGCGGCUGGACACUAGCCACCUGGCUAACGCCGUUCUCCUGCUGAGCGAGGCCGAGCGCGACUGGAGCCGCGAGGCGCUGGCCGAGCGCUUUACUCAGCUCAUACGGGCUCUAGUGGGACACCUGGAGGCGGGGGUGCUGCCCUGCGCCCUCGACCAAAAAGUCAACCUGCUGUGUGAGCUGAGCGAGCGGGAAAUCGAUGAGCUCGGGUACACGCUGUACUGCGCUCUGUCGGACCCCGAGAGUCUGCUCCGGACCGUCUAACACCGGACCCCCCCCCACACACACACACACACACACGGUGGUCCAUCACACGGGUCACUUCAGUGCAGUGUGGUGAGUUCCUGCUCCUCAUCAGGAAACAUUUAGAACAAGAGCAUGUCAUUAAAAACAGCAUCAGCCAAUCAGAAAUAGACUGGAACACACUCGUCACCUCAGUCAAAGUCACAUAUAACAUACAGAAAUGACUCAUGUAUAACAUUCAACAAAGCAAAAGUUACAGAGCUGAGUCACCUAAAACACUUGGGAAAGCAAAGGUUACAGAAAUGACCCACAUAAAAAAUUUACAAGGCAAAAAUAAUGUUUGUGGUUCAGUCAAAAGUAACAGAAAUGACAUACAUAAAACAAUGAACAAAUCAAAAGUAACAUAAUGUACCUAUAUAUAACAUAGUUACAGUAAUGACCCACAUAAAACACUCGGGAAAGCAAAGGUUACAAGAAGUGAUACACAAAACAUUUACCAAGCCAAAAGUAACGGAAAUGACCCACAUUCGUAAAUUGCCCACAUAAAACAAUCAACAGAGCAAACGUAACGGAAAUGACCCGCAUAAAAUAUUCAGCAAAGCAAAAGUAACAGAAAUGACAGACAUAAAACACAAAUGAAUGACCCCUAUGAAACAUUAAACAAACAUAGCAACAUAUUUAACAUAGCAAAAGUCACAGAACUGACCCACAUAAAACACUCAGGAAAGCAAAGUGAUCCACAUAAUAUAUUCAGUGACCCAAAAAUAACAUAAAUGACAUACAUAGAGCAUUAACAGAGCAAAAGUGACAGAAUUGUUUCACAUAAAAUAUUUAGCAAAGCAAAAGUUACACAUACUACCAACAUAUAACAUUUAACCAGGCAAAAGUCACAGUAAUGACACACAAAAUAUUUAGCACAGCAUAAAGAUACAGAAAUGACCCACAUAAAACAUUCAGCAAAGUGCAACAGAAAUGACUCACAUAAAACAUUAGGAAAGCAAAAGUUAACAGAAAUGACCCACAUGGAACAUUUCCUAAAUCAAAAGUAACAGAAGUGACCACAUACAGCAGGUCACAGUAAUGACCCACAUAAAAUAUUCAACAAAGCUAAAGUCACAGAAAUGACUCACAUAAAACACUCAGGAAAGCAAAGGCUACAGAUAUUACCCACAUGUAACAUUUAACCAAGUAAAAGUCACAGAAAUGACCCACUUAGCUAAAUGACGCACAUAAUUAUUGCACGUUAGUUGUCUUUGUUAAAUGUUUUAAUGUGGCGUUUACCAACAAAAAGGCUCAUGUAAAGUUUUAACACACCAGUAAUAACAGAAAUGACCCACAUACAACAUUUAACAAAUUGAAGUUAAUAGUUAUUAGGCACCUACAGUAAAAGGUUUGCGUAAACGCAGACUUAGGAGAGACGUUUAUGUCAUGGCUGUGUUGGGAUUGAUUUAUUUUCCUAGCAGUUCUUGAUCUGUGACUAAAUAAUAUUAGGUCAUAAUUCUUUGUCUAAAAUCAAGUCAAUAAAUCAUUCACUAGACAUUUUCUACAGACUUAAAAGAAACUUUUUACUUCAACUCUGUUCUCCCAGGUGACUCAGGAAGUCCAAGCAAUUCCAGCGUACAGUUCCACCUUAAAUCUGUGGUAUUAAUGAGGUUCAGACGUCCUGACGCUUGAGAUUUAUAGAUUUCUGUCUCAGACAGGUUAUAGACACUAAACCGGCGGUUAUAAGCUGUAGUGUUCGGUGGCUGCUUUAUCACUGUUACCAUUACUCUAGUUCUUCAGUAUUUCGUGCAUGAAUUCAGUAUUGUGUGUGUGUGUGUGUGUGUGUGUUUGAGCAGAGAACUCACUAAACCGCACUGACCCCCCCCCCCCCCCCCAGUCUCAUCAGUGUUACUCAGCUCAGUACUCUCCUCCGCCUCCACCAGACUUUUAUACAGAAAUGUUCCUCCUCCAGAACUAGCAGAGAAAACGACCUGCAGUGACCUGCCUGAUCGUGUUAGUGAACCGUGUUCUGAACCCGUGUGAUCGGAGUCGUGCCCUCACUGCUUCACCUGUGACCACUCACCUGUAUGAGGGGUGAAACGGAACAGAACAGAAUAGAGGUGAAAAGAUCUGAUCUAGGUGCUACGAUUCUUGUUUUCUUACCAUGUUUUCCUCUUUUGAUUUGAUUUCCUGUUUGUGAGGUCUUGCAUAGAGUCAGUAAACCAUCACUAACGUCCAAUUUUAUUGUUACUUCCACUUUUACAGCUAAAUUAGUGCUUACAGUCGGCAGUUAGGAGAAUUUAACUUCAUUUAAUGAAGGGUUACUGCAUUGUGCCCAGUGACCCACUGCAACCCUGACCAGAAUAAAGCGGUGGUCAAACAUGGAAAUAAUUCAGAACCCCUGAACCAUUCAGCAUGUCUUAGAAGAACCCAAAUUCUCACCUGUGUUCUAAACCUCCCCCCUGUUUAACACUCUUUAAAAAUAAUAUGUAGAAAUAGACUUACUGUUUGAUUUGGUUCUUUCUACCGUAAAUGCAUUUUUACAUUCACUCGUGGGGCUUGAACCUGUAACCUCCUGAUCACUAGUCCAGUACCUUAACCACUAAACCUUUACCACUGCCCAUUUUUACCCACGGACACUGUUUACACCUCUAAUCAGACAUAGUGUUUAGUGAAGUGUGGUGUGGAUUGGAACACAGCCCAUUUUCAUUCACUGCCUGUAAUGUGUUGCCUUCUUACUCCGUCUUAUAGGAGUCCAAGGUUUGGUCCUGCCCUACUUCAUCACCAUCUACCUUUAAAACAAAAGUCCUCAUGAGUUUCUCCAGACUUUUAAAUUCACUGGAGGAAUAAACUGGUCCUGAAAUAAUAAAAGUAACGACACCAGAACCAGAAACUCCAUCGUCAGCGUUCAGAAAUGUCUAGAAUUUAAGGUUUUCUACAGUGUUUUUGUGACUCAAGCCUUUUCUUUAGCGUCUUUUGUUGUCUUUAACCUGUUUAAGGUUUGUUGAGGGUACAAGAGUAUUAUUUUCUGUUCAUUUUUUUAAAUAUACACUAUAUGGCCAAAAGUAUGUGGACACCUGAUUAAUAACUUGUCUUACAUUCGGUUUUAAGAACAAAUGGUAUUAAAUUAGAGUGACCUCUGUGUGAUCUUUCCAGCUAGAACCACAGCCGCUCUUCUGAGAAGGCUUCUCACAAGACUGUGGGAAUUUGUGCCCAUUUAGUCAACAGCAUUUCUAUGUGUACGGCUGGUCACUGAAAGCCUCAGUUAGUGUUCUGGUUCAUUCCAGCAUUUAGGAGACACUUUUAAUCAAAGUGACUUACAGUACUGUGACAGUAUAUUGUCUAAACAGUUGAGGGUUAGGGGCCUUGCGCAAGGGCCCAACAGUGGCAACCUGACAGUGGUGCGGCUUGAACCAGCAACCUUCUGAUUGCUAGUUCAGUACUUUAACCACUAGGCUACAGCUGUUGAGAGCUGUUGAGUGGGGCUGUGGUCAGGUCACAGGAAAGAGCCUUCCCUAAACUGUUAUCCUGUCCCCUCCUUCCCUCCUGUUAUCAUGAAUUCAGUAAUUAGAAGUGGCGUCCCAAUACUUUUGUCCAUAUAGUGUAUGUGUAAUAAAUACAGUGAUGGUUAUAGAAACACAGUGUUUGUUUUUAUUAUUUUUUAUUUGUACCAGUCAUUGUUGGUUCUGGAUCUCAUGAUUUAAAGUACUGGUAAUUUCAGCACUGGAAAGUCUUUUACUGGUGCUGUGGGUAACAGAGCUGAGAUCCUACAUACACUAUAUGGCCAAAAGUAUGUGGACACCUGACCCUGAGCUUGUCGUACGUCCUGUUUUAAAACAAAUGGUAUUUAAACAAAGUGACCUUAUGAGAUCAUUUCAGCUAGAACAACAGCCACUGCUCUAAGAAGGCUUCUCACAAGACUGUGGGAAUUUGUGCCCAUUUAGUCAAAAGAUGACUCAGUCAGACCGCUCAGGUGGCACAGCGGUAAAAACACAUGCUGAAACACCAGAGCCGGGAUCUAGAAUCGAUCGUAUCGAAUCUCGGCUCUGCCUGACGGCUGGGCUGAGCGACCACAUGAACAACGAUUGGCCUGUUGUUCAGAUAGGGGUGGGAUAUUAAUAAAAAGCCGGAUGGGGUCUCUCUCUCAUAACUGAUGCAAUUACGACCUCUGCUGGCUGAUUGAUGUCGUCUGAACACUGUCAGGGUGUGUCUCUCCGUACACAGUGCUGAUCCGCAUUGCACUCGUCAGAGUGUAGGUGGCAAAAUGCAUACGGCUGCUGCCCACGUGUCGGAGGGGGCGUGGGUUAGCUUCGUUCUCCUCAAAUCAGAGUGGGGAUCGAGGAAUCAUGACGCAAUCGGGCAAUUUGACUAAAAGGGAGAAAAUGCAUAAAGAAAAUAAAAAAGAAAGCCUCAGUCGAUGUUCCAGUUCAUUCCAGAGCUGUCUUCAUGUCUUUAUAGAACUUGCUUUGUGCAGAGGAAAGGGCCUUCCCUAAACUGUUGCACCUGUUAACAUGAAUUCAGUAAUUAGAAGUGGCGUCCCAAUACUUUUGUCCAUAUAGUGUAUCUGUAAUGAAUACAGUGAUGGUAGCAGAAACACAGUGUUUGUUUAUUUUCUUUAUUUGUAAUUGGUACUGGAUCUGGAUCUUGUGAUUUAAAGUCCUGCAACUGGUCAUUCUGGAACUGGAAAGUCUUUUACUAGUGCUGUGGGCACUAAGGUCUGGAACUGGAACCUCUGAUACCAGACCUGCUACGUUUGGUACUGAUAUUCAGGUGUCUGUGCUGAUUGAGGUCAGAUUGAUGUUGGAGACACGGGACCUUCGUUACAGGACAAGCGUCGAGUCUUUGGGAACCAAGUCUUGAUAAAAACCCUCACAAAUAAUCAAAGAUCUGAGGGUGCUGGAACAGCGGCAGUGCUCACGCAGUUUUUUAUAAAAGUUAAACGUAUUAAAUGUGUGUUUAAGCAGAAUGAGACGAGUGUACGGGAUUCGUCAUCCUGAGGAAAUGAAUUGAAACAUAUUUAUUUAACCAAAGAGACGUGUGUAGGGCGGCAUGACGUGGAGAGAUGAUUCUUUUGUGAUUUUAAUGAUCCGCAGUGUGAGAUGAUCUGCACUUUAUUAAAAGUCUGCUGGAGAAACCUGAAA